AUGGCCCGACGUCCGAUUCUGGCCAUUGCUCUCUUGGGGGCCGCUCUGUGCUACCUGGGCCUGACGCCUGGCAGCAGCUUCAUUGCGCCGAAGUCUGUCCAGAGCUCCGUUGAGGUUCAGAAAGGACAGCUGGAAGGUGUGGCCCUGGGCCUUGGGGCUGGCCUGCUUACCGCAGAGCCUGCGUACGCGAAUGUGUGGAAUGAUGAGAUCCUCCCGUACUCCGUGAGCAUCAGCUUCGCCAUCAUCUGGGGUAUCAUCUUGGGCUUCGUCCUGCUCCGGCUGCAGGAAGCCUUCCCGGAGUGA